GGGAAGGAGGAGGAGAGGAGCAGUGAGCAGGCCCGAGAAGGCAGGACUUCCUGGUGUGGGGGUUGUCAACAGCCCAGAAAGAGAGCCAGAGACCCAGACCGAGACGGAGCGGAGCUGAGGAGCCGAGAGAUACAUCCAGUGGGGCCACGUGGGAGGAGCCUUGAGAGAGAGAGCCACUCAAGGGACUGGAGCCAGCGAGGGGGCUGAGCCGCCCCCUCCCACAGCAACAGGGAAGACCCGUGGAGUGUUAGCCGAGGCUGCGCCUGGGCUCCCCCGUGGAAGCGCUGGUUUCUUCUCGUCUCAACUGCAAACUUUCCACCGAGAUGCCUCGCAGAGUGAGAUGCGGACGCCAGAGAACACUGGGUAGCCCUUGAUUGCUGCCUGUUGUGGCUUGCACUAGAGGCCUUAGGAUAAAAAAAAAAAAAAAAAAAAAAAAACAUCUUAGUCCCCAGGUCUUCUCUCCAGCUCAGUUCGGUGGCCGAGGCCCGAGAGUUUGCAAGCUCAGCUCUGGGGUUUCAGCAGCGACAGCAGCAGGAAAAACCUGCCUCUGCCCCCCCUCCUGCCACCUCCCCUCUGUACUCCAGUCACUAACCAGUCACCCCCAAGUUCCCACAAGGCCCUCCUGCCAUGUCGGACCCAGACGUCCCCAGGGGCCCCGAUGUCCCUGCCAUGUGGCCCCCUUGUUCCAGAGGUGCCUGAGCCCCUCUCCAGGAGCCCAGCCCCUCCCCCACCCGAGCCCAGUCCGGAGCCCCAGGGACCAUGAGUGGUGGUAAGAAGAAAAGUAGUUUUCAGAUCACCAGCGUCACCACGGACUAUGAGGGCCCAGGAAGCCCAGGGGCUUCGGAUUCCCCUGCCUCACCGGUUCCCGCUGCGCCCCUACCCCGCCUCCCCAAUGGGGAACCCAACCCUGAUCCAGGGGGCAGGGGCACCCCCCGGAAUGGCUCUCCGCCACCUGGAGCCCCUGCCUCCCGUUUCCGGGUGGUGAAGCUGCCCCAAGGUUUGGGAGAGCCUUAUCGUCGAGGUCGGUGGACGUGUGUGGAUGUUUACGAGAGAGACCUGGAGCCCCCGAGCUUCGGUCGGCUUCUGGAGGGAAUUCGAGGGGCCUCAGGAGGCACCGGAGGCAGAUCAUUGGAUUCUAGGUUGGAGCUGGCUAGCUUGGGCAUAAGCACCCCUAUCCCGCAGCCAGGCCUGUCUCAAGGCCCCACCUCUUGGCUCCGCCCGCCCCCUACUUCUCCUGGACCACAGGCCCGCUCCUUCACAGGGGGGCUGGGCCAGCUGGCAGGACCUGGCAAAGCUAAGGUGGAGACGCCCCCGCUGUCAGCCUCUCCACCCCAGCAGCGCCCCCCAGGGCCUGGGACUGGAGAUAAUGCUCAGACCCUGCCCUCUCUGAGGGUAGAAGUGGAGUCUGGGGGUUCAGCAGCCGGAACCCCUCCACUGUCGCGGAGAAGAGAUGGAGCAGUUCGGCUGAGGAUGGAGUUAGUUGCUCCAGAGGAGACAGGGAAGGUACCUCCCAUUGACUCUCGCCCCAACUCCCCAGCCCUGUACUUCGAUGCCAGCCUGGUCCACAAGUCUCCAGACCCAUUUGGAGCAGCAGCAGCCCAGAGCCUUAGCCUGGCUCGUUCCAUGUUGGCCAUCAGUGGUCACCUGGACAGUGAUGAUGAUAGUGGUUCCGGAAGCCUGGUUGGCAUUGACAACAAGAUUGAACAAGCCAUGGUCCAGUUCUGGAAACACCUAGCCAAGCCAGUCACAUCGGAUCAGCCCGAGAAGCGUCUGUUGAAGGGACCGGAGAAGGUUUCCAUGGAUUUUGACCCCACGGAUUUGACUUUGGGCCCCCCAAAGUUGGUCAAACCCCACAAAGAGGCCAUAGUCGCUAACCUGGAUGUGUGUCCUGGGACGCUCGAAUCCCGUGUGCUGGCCUCAGUCAAGGAAAGAUCUCCUCUGCAUGAGCAAGAGAGCCAUUCGAGUCGAGACAGCCGUUCCCUGAUGAACGUAGUCCACUCAAUGUCCAUGUUCAUGUUCUCCAUGCUGCAGUCCGGCUGGCGAUUGUGUAGGUGGAAGCCUUCUAUGGGUGGCUCAGUUUCCUCCCAUACGAGGACCGGGUCAGCCUUGGGGACGCCAGAGGCUGAGAUGCUGCGGGAAGUCUACCUGGUGCUCUGGGUCAUUCGCAAACAACUAAGAGAGCUGGCCCGCAGACAGGAGAGGCGCAGACGGCGCCGUAUGCGGUCUCAUCCCUCCCAAACUUCCCGUCACUCUGAACCAGUGCAGGGCCUCAAACAUGAUGCCCGAAGUCCCCUCUAGCCAGGGGAGCCCCAGAUCCUUUGAAAGCCCCCACUUUACUCUUACAGAAGGUUGACAGGAAGGGUUCAAUGGCUAUCAGGCCAGAGCUGCUGGUGAGGAGACGUUUGACCAUACUGUCACAUCUCACUGGAACCCCAAGACCAGGCCUGGGGUCGAACAUACUCCCCUUCUCUGUGUUGAAUCAAUUUGUAAAAAAAAAAAAUUAUCUAAAUAUUGAGAAAUAAAUACCGGAUGUUUAUGAGUA